AUGGACUCUCAUGAAGAGCUUCAGGCCUUUGUUGAGGAUCCAGCAGCAAAUGAUGGUUCACAGUUGCCUUCAGCGCUAACACGACGUGCGGCGCUGGCAGCAGCAUCAACAGCGGCAGCGACAGCAUCGCCAGCAGCAACAGAAGCAGCAUCAGCCGCAACCGUACAAGCAACACUAGAUGCAACCGCAGAUGCAGUAGAGGCAAAAAGAGCAUGGGCGGGCACUUGCCUGACGAACAACAGUGAGAGCGCCAGAAAUCAUAGGCAGUGCUGCAGACAGGUUUGCAUUCGAGACCCAAGCAACUCUGAGCAACAGCUGCAGAGGCGGGAGCAGGUGGAGCUGCAACUGGAUGAAUUUGACCCUGCAAGAGCCACUAUACCCUCCACUGAUGGUGUUUGUGGUUGCCGUCGCGCGUUUGGAUGGAAGGGCCGGCAUCACGGCGGUGUUGUUCUUGCGGGAUGUUCCGAGGGCUCGUGUGAAGCGCCAGCCGGCAACUGCCACGGCCACCGCCACCACCACCAUCAUCAUCAUCAUCGUCAUCAUGGCGGCAGCAGCAGCAGUAAUGGCAGUAGCUGCCGCCGGAACCGCCGUCGCUGUGGAUGCCACUUAGGGGAGUACAUGUUUAUGCUAAUUCCGCGCAAGCCUUUGAGUGCCGGAGCUUCCUUCCUCUUCUCCCUGCUGCAGGAAGCCUCUCCAACAGUCCGAUGUGCGGUAGACAUGGGUGGAACCCUAGCAAAGGUUGUAUUUAUAGAAGAGCUGGGGCCACAUAGCGCAGCUGCGGCCGCUGCAGCGGCUGCUGCUGUGGCGGCCGGCGGAAGCACCGGCUUCUCCCGCAGAGACCCACAACUCACCGCCAGGGCGUACGCCAGCAACUGUGAUGCAGCGCUUGAUUUGGCAUCCCCUCUCCUCACCAUUCGUGCGUCUCCUCGGCGGGUGCUGCGCUUUACUUAUUUCCGCACGAAGGCCAUUUCGUCUCUCCUGGAAUGUCUCCGAACGCGGAAUUUAGUGAAGGGCGGGGUGCUGCGCAUGACGGGGGGAGGGGCGAUGAAGUAUGCGAAGCUGUUCACACAGCAGCUGGGAGUGUCUCUCCAGCGCACAGAUGAAAUUGAAAGCAUAAUGGCGGGGCUGGUACUGCUGGCCUCCCAUACCAACUCUGUCUUUCGUUUCGAUUUAGCUUCCAGGCAGAGGGUCCCUGUAGACGUGUCCCGGGACCUGUACCCUUUUCUGGUCGUCAAUAUUGGAUCCGGCGUAUCCAUCCUGAAGGCUAAGAGCGCUAGCAGCUUCGUGAGGGUGACAGGGACCUGCAUUGGUGGCGGCACGGUUCUCGGGCUGGCAAGGCUCCUAUUCCACGCCAAAAGCUUCCGUCAAGUCGUCCGUCUCUCCGAGCGAGGGACGGAUGCGCUCGACUUGAAGGUGGCGGAUCUCUGUGGAGACGCGGCAGGCAGCCGGUGCAUUGCCCCCGACGCUUUGGCCUCCAGCUUCGGGCGCCUCUACCUGGAUGCCAAGGGCGACAGGCCCCGCCCCAGGAAAGAAGACAUCGCACGGAGCUUGAUUCACAUGGUCUCUUACAAUCUGGGUUACCUGGCCUACCUUGUGGGCACCGCCCACGGCGUGCGCAGGCAAGGAUAG